GAGCCGGGCGCACGCGCAGUCUCGCUCCCGGAAGUCUCCCGUUCCCAGGGAGCAGGAAGCGAGCAAGCGCGGAGGGCGGCGCAGGCACGGAGUCGGACCCUGCCAUGUCGGCCUACGACACCAAUCCGUUCGCCGACCCGGUGGACGUGAACCCCUUCCAGGAUCCCUCAGUGACACAGCUGACACAUGCUAACCAAGGCGGCUUGGAUGAAUUCAAUCCCUUCUCUGAGAACUCCCGGCUUACAAAUGGAGCUCAGACAGUUCCAGCAACGCAGCCUGCUGGCCCUUCGCAACCCGCUGUCCUACAGCCAUCUGUGGAACCCACUCCACAGCUGCUGCUUAGACAGGCCAGCAAGUACCAGCCGCCCAGGUUCAUCUCAGCGAGCAAGAAUUCAGAGAGACAGAGGCUGCUAGAAGAUUUCAGUUCUCAGAAUAGCAACAAGGUAAAAGAGAUCCAGGGGAAGGCUGUAGCCUCAGCAGCCCAGGCUGGACUCCUUCAGCAGCAGGAGGAGCUGGAGAGGAAAGCAGCGGAGCUGGAGAGGAAGGAGCGAGAGUUGCAGAAUAAUGCAGCAGCCUUUAACCCGAGACAGAACAAUUGGCCACCCUUUCCCAAGAAGUGUCCAAUCAAGCCGUGUUUCUAUCAGGACUUCUCUGCAGACAUCCCAGCUGAUUACCAGCGAAUAUGCAAGAUGCUGUAUUACUUGUGGAUGUUUCACUCAGUUACCCUGCUUCUAAACCUGCUUGCUUGCCUGGCAUGGUUCACCGACAGCCCACAGAGAGGAGUAGACUUUGGUCUCUCAAUUCUGUGGUUUAUUUUGUUCACCCCUUGUGCUUUCCUCUGUUGGUAUCGACCCAUCUACAAGGCUUUCAGGUCUGACAGCUCCUUCAGCUUCUUUGUGUUCUUCUUCGUCUUUUUCUGCCAAAUUGCAAUCUACAUCGUCCAGGCAGUCGGCAUUCCUGGCUGGGGGGACAGUGGUUGGAUUGCAGCUCUGGACGAGACACGAAGAAACUGGGCUGUGGCCAUAAUCAUGAUGGUGGUGGCCGCAUUCUUCACGCUGUGUGCUGUCCUCUCACUCUUCCUCCUAAAGCGGGUGCACUCUUUGUAUCGCCGGACAGGAGCCAGUUUCCAAAGGGCCCAGGAAGAGUUCUCCCAAGGCAUCCUCACCAACAGGAACUUCCAGAACGCAGCUGCCGGGGCCGCUUCUUCAGCUGCACAGGGCGCUUUCCGGGGAAACUAGCCCUUCCCAUGGGCGCCACCACCGUGCCCCCUUCCCCUUCCUUUUUCAUCACAACCUGAUCUUAAGAUGCACUUUCCACGGCACCAUGCUAACUCCAUGACGCCGGCUGCGGAGAUGAGAAGAGGUCUCCGUAGCUUCAGCUCGUCUGCAUUUCUGGCGACUAGUUCUUCUUUCCUUGCUUUGGGCUGGGGGGCUAGGUAGGGAAAUAUUCUCUUAAAUCAAAUAUAGCUCUCCUUAUCCAGGACAGGUUUGACGUUUCUUUUACUACCUCUCCUGCUUGCCCGUGCUCCUGUGAUAGAGAGAGGAAUCUCGUCACUUUUUAGCAACUCUUCCACUGGGCUUUGCUCUGAAGGAUUUAUUUUGUAACUUACAUGAGGUGGGUGUUAAUAAUAGGGGCGGAAGCUGCCCUUUGUUUGCAGCAUCUAUGCUAAUUAGUUCUUGAACUCUUACUGCCUGGCUCCCAUGGGGUCUGGUGAACAUGUGGCAUAAAGGGGGCUGUUGGGAAACUGCUCUUUGCCAUCCCAUCAUGGUGCAAAUCUCCCUCCCGCUUGUUUUUUCUCACCUUGGGGUGAGGGUCCUACCCAAGAUUGUAUUAUGGAAUCUUAUUCCUGUAGCCCCCAGGAGCUUCAUGGAGGGUUAAUUAAUGGAGUGCAGCCUUCACCAUAGCCUUAAAUCUUGUGGGGGGGUGGGGAUAAUCUCUGUACCU